CCCAAAAAUAAACGGCGCCCAACCCCUACAGCUUUCGUGAUAGUUAGAGUGGAAAUAUUUACAAUAGACAAUAUAUUUACAAAUAAGGCGUACACUCAGCCACAACAUAAGACAAGACAGGGGAAUGGGACAACACAAUAUCCUACCACUCGCUUCUUUCACUCAUACUCAUAAAUGUUAUGCUGUCAUAUGCAUCUCAAGCCACCUCCGAACAUGGUUUGAAUGAUCGGAUCAAAAUGCGUCUCUGAUGGACACUGGACCCCGUUCAUAACUGUAUUUAGUACUGUCCACUUAUGAUCGGAUAACCCCGGAAGCAUGUUAAUGCCAGGUGCAAACAGGGCCUCAGACCAAUCUUACAAUCUGUGUGGUAUGACAUUUCUUCAAGUCCCCACUCACAGCUCACAUUGGUGGUUUCAUCUUAUCCUGUUAUAUACCACAUCUCAUUAAAUGUGUACAGUGACAUUACAAAGAAAAAGCUUGGAAGGAAGUAGUGUUAGAUCAUUGGUGCCUUUGGUGAAUGUAUGCAGCUAGUACAGUUAGCUUGCUUUGCUAAUCUGACAACAAAGUGAGUACAAAGCCUAGCAUGAAACAUGUAAAUCAAACAACCAAUUUUCAAUUUCAAUUAGAGGACAAAUAAAAGCAUUUCGCAUGUUCUCCGUGUGCUUUGGGGGUUUCCUCUGGGUACUCCGGUUUCCAACCCAGUCCAAAGACAUGCAUUGUAAGCUAAUUGGCAUUUCCAAAUUUGUCCGUAGUGUGUGUGUGCAUGGUUGUGUGAAUUUGUGCGAUUGUGCCCUGUGAUGGAUUGGCCCCCCAUCCAGGGUGUUCCCUUCCUUGUGCCCAGAGUCCCCUGGGAUAGGCUCCAGGCUUCCCACAACCCUGUGUAGGAUAAGUGGUACAGAAAAUGGAUGGAUGGAUGGAUAAAAACAUUACCUGUUCACCAAGAAAAAGCUUGUUUACUUUUUUGCUUAAGUUUAGCUCAUUCUAUCCUCUGAUUUGCUGUUGGCACUCACCUGUCACUAUGUAGGGUGGCUUUUUCAUGCCUUAAGUCCCUGCCUGACAUUUGAUGUAUUUGAGCUGACAUAUCAUGUAUGCAUACAAACAUCCUGCGAAUUCCAACCAGACAUCCAUAACACUGCACUGACUGUGAAUUACUAUUACAGGACUAUCAGGGUGACUCACAGCAACUCAGGAACAUUAAAUUAGUUUCAUGAUUGACUGCAUAGUAAUUUUUUUAAAACCAAAAAUUCCAAGCAAUGUAUCUUUACAAUGCUUUUGUGAAAUCAUUCCCAUUGUUGGACACAAUGCAGAUUUAUAUGGAACUGGCAAGGAAGAUCAUUAGAUAUAUACUCAGUGUCAUUCAUGUACAACACAAAUCUUCAUUUUCCAGAACAAUUCUUAUUACAACAUGAGACUGGAUAUGACAGGAGGUUAAUUGGUUGAAACAUGACUCAGAUUAAUUGAUAAUUUAAUAAAAAUAGUUUGGUUUUAGUAUACAAAUUUAAGCACCUACACCCUACUGUAGUCAAUAAAGUGUCCAGCCAGUUUAGGCCAGAUCUGUGUGUGAGUGGGAAAAUUAGUAAACGGCGCAAGAAGAUUCAGUUUAAACAUAGCAGAAUUACGAUUUACCUUCAUAAUUACCAAGUUCCUGUUUGAUGUUUUCUUGAGGUCCUUGUCCUGUUGUGUUUCCGGUGGUGACGUGGCAAAAAGGGCGUGUUCCGCCAAUCAGCGUUGUCGCGUCAUGCGGAAGUGCAAUGGCGGCGAAUGGAGCGAUUUACGAGUCCUGCAAGGAUAAUAAACAUAAAGCAAGCACCGCAGAAAUGAGUCCUGAUGGGUUGAUUAGACAUUCUUUCCAAGAGUGUUUCUAUUCCUUAAUCGAUUCGAUCACAGAAUUUAGCUCUGAGCUAAAAAUAAACCCUGAGGUUUUAAGCAUCACUGCCAGCGUGAGUGCUCUUAACUUCCCUGAACUACAACCAUCGCAUGUGUACGAAUGUUUACAGCAGCAUAUCUCCAAGUUGCAGUCUGUAUCGGCACAUCUGAAACAAAUAUUGGAUGCUAAGAGCCCAACUAAUUCAGCCAAUAAUGAAAAAACAGAGAAAGCCAAGAAUGAGUCGGCAGCAACAUCUGAAGAAGAGAUAGUGGUAGACAGAGAGCUCUUUCCUUCUACAUCACACCAGCAUACUGCUUCGAAAGACAGUGUGAUGUCCCAACAUGAUGACCGCAGUAUUCAGAUCAAAGCUGGCAAAGCUGAGAUUGAACGUAGGAUCUCUGCAUUUAUAGAGCGCAAACAGCUGGAGAUCAAUGAAAACAAUGUGCGGGAGUUUUGCAAUGUGAUCAACUGCAAUCAGGAAAACAGUUGUGCCAGAACAGAUGCAGUCUUCACACCCUAUCCAGGUUUCAAGAGUCAUGUCAAAGUGACCCGAGUGGUGAAUACAUAUGGGCCCCAAACACGUGGUGGGCGCUCUGAGCAGGGAGAGCAGCAGCAAGGCUCGUACAGCAGAGACUGUGGAAACCCUGUCAUCGAGGAGCGGCUACACAACAUAGAAGCUCACCUGAAGCUAACAGCAGCAGGUCCUGUGCCUCAGAGCAUUUACCAGCGGUUGAAGAAGUUAGAGGAUCGAAUCUUGGAGCUUGAGGGUCUUUCCCCGGAGUACUUCCACUCCACGAGUUACUCGCACAAACGUCCAAAAUUCUCAGUUUCUCAGAGCUACAGCCUGUCUGAGUUGGAUGGGAAGAUCAGCGCAGUUAGAACUGCUUUACUGAAGAGAGCAAAUGAGUUCCAAUCCAGAGAUGUGAGGGAGUUUCCAUUCUGACAAACACACAGUUGUCCAACAGUGUACCUCCACUCUGAGAUUUAUCUAGGGUUUUUUUUUUUUUGUACACUUCUCAUGAAUUUAAAAUGAAUUGUUUUCACUUACUACGCAUCUGAUUUGUGAGUUUAGAGGACCUGUACAUGCUGUCAUGUUCAUUUUUGUAAAUAUAUUUGUUUUCUGCUAAAAUAUUGAGCAUUUGAAUAUUUUGCACACAGACACAUACAACACGUUCACUUUUUUAUAUAACGUCUGAGACCUUUGUCAGAACUGUGAUUCAUUUGUUUCUGCUAGCUUUGGUCCAUUGAUCAGUCCCUCCAGGAUUUCGUGAUUUUGCGAUCACAGAAAUCAAGCAAAGUCUGCAAUAUUCGGAGGAGCUUGCAGAUUUUUUAAAUUACUGCAGAUUUGGGCCGACACAUCAUGUGACAUCAUUCCAAUGUGGGUUCAGUCAAGAAAGACCGUGCAAAACAAUUUUGUGCAGUUGCAAUUUUGCCAAUUCCAGUAGUUUUCUGCAAAACAGCACAAUUAACUUUGCAAAAUCCUGUACAGACUGAUUGAUUCCAUUUUUAAGAAUAUUAUAUUCCCCCUCUUGGGGGGGGCGCAGAGAGAUGGGAAAUGGGGGGUGCAGAUUGUUUUCAAGAAGAAAAAACACAGACAGGGCAUCAUUUGGGGACUUUGUGUAUUUUAUUGCAUUUCAAAAAGAAUGUGCAUAAAUGGAAAAACCCUGCGUUCCCUCUCCCUCUGUAUUUUCUUUUUGCUGGGGAGAGGCGGAGCUUAGCCUGCCUUUUAUCUAGCUGUCAGUGCAGACCAGUGUUGCCAACUUUUUUUUGACAAAAAAAAAAAAUGGCGCCUAGCGGCUUUUUGGACAAACAUUAGCAACUUUCCAAAUAUCACCAGUACUGUCCUGCAAGCGCAAGGUGUUGCUUUCACGUUGCACUCUCACCUCUCUCUGCGUCUGCUCUGUUCAGUGAGUGUCUGAGAGCCGGAGAUUUAACAACGUCACGGAUAACGUGACGUGCCUUUUGUCCCAAUUUACAUCAUUCUUAUGUGAAUAAUUUUAGAAUGCUAGACGAUUGUAAUACAACAUGUUUUAUAUGUAAAA